UUAAAGAAAUGUGUGUCUGUUAUUUUGCGGUUUAUUACUUUGAAGCAGCUUUGAAACUGUAUUGUAUACAGCAUAAAUGUCACUUGUAUGUGGGUGCAGUGACAGGCAGUUGUUGAGUGUUGAGUGUGAUGUGUGGUUCUUUGCUUUGUGUGUGGGUGAAAAGAACUGAGAACAAUGAGAUCUUGGCAAAGCUUGUUCCUACAGGGCUUCUUUUUUUUAAUUUUAUAUUUAAAUUCAGCUUAACAUGAUGAGCAUUCAUCCAGACAUGAAUACUUAUUAGAUAUGCAGUGAUUCAUGAGGAUGCCUAGUUUUUAGAGGUGACGAUAACUGAUUUUAUUUAAUUGGAAAAUUAAAGUGCAAAGUACAGAGCCCUGUGGCACUCCAGUGGGCAUUUCCCGUAGGGACAGAUAGCAUCAUGGCUCAUGGCAGAAACUUUUGCAUGGGCAAGCAACAGUUAUAUUGUUUUUAGGAAAAUUAAAACUAGUUUCAUUUUAUUUUAAUAUAUUACUAUUAAAAAUAAUGUUUGUUUUAAUGGAUGUUUAGCUUUUGGAUUGAUUUUUUUAUUUGAUUUAGUGUUUCAAAGUAUUUCUGUCACAUCUUCUUAUAUGUUAUGGCUUCAAAAUAUCUGUGAGCUUCCUUUUUGGCCAUUAUAUUCCAUUUUGGGCUCUUUAGAUUGCACAAAAUGUGACCCACAAAUGAGCAUGAACCCUGAAGCAAAACAUCUCAAAUGACUAACGCAGUGGGAGGCUGCUCAUAAAACACUUCCACACAAUCAAACACACACCCAUACACACACACGCUGGCAGGCAUCUUGUCUCAAAUCUCUUGGAUCAAAUCAUUCUUGAAUGCUAAGCAGCACAGUCUGUUGUUUUGUUGUCCAUGUUGCCAAGCGACCAUCAGCUAGUCAAAGGCUGAGAGAAAAGACAAAUCCCAAAAGAAAACGAGACGUGGUGGAGGGCAGGAAAUUGUGAGUUUUUAAGAGCCAAACUCUGGUGCUUCUGUGCAGACCAAGGUGCAGUGUUUGUGAAGGCAAAAUGUGGGACACAAGGUCUCUCGAGAAGAUGGUGAACAGGACGACUCUAAGCACACAGAGAGUGCUCCACACACACAUUCUGGAACUAGGAGAACAGUUAUGUCCAUGGUCAUCUUCCCGUGUUAGAACAGAUGACCACCUAAAACUGGCUCCAAGCUUGGUCAAUCCACGGCCUGCUACUGAACGAGAGCAACCUGAUGUCCCCGCCAUGGAGGAAUUUAAGCAGCUGGCGCAGAAGGAGAAACAUGCUGCCCUUAAACUCCAAGAGGAGAGUCUGCAGGCCUGGUUUCAAGAGGCCCUGCAAGCCAGGGACAGGCUGGAGGCUGAAAUGAGGCGAGAGCUCCAGGUCGAGCUGCAGGCCCAGUUCCGAGCUCAAUUUGAAGGCCUGAGGGCUCAGAUGGAGGAAGACAAGGUCCAAGCCGUAGGGGAGGCCUGCAGGAAGCUGCAAGACCAGCUGCACAAAGAAGCAGAGGAGACCAGGGAGAAAAUAAUACACACUGUACGAGAAGAGACACAGGAGUGUGUGAGGAGGUGUGUGCAGGAGGCUGAGAGAAGUAUUCGUGAGGAGUGUCACAUGGAGGCAGAAAGAGAGAAACAGGCCCUACAGGACAGACAUGAAGAGAAGAUAUCUAAGCUACAAAACUGGAUACAGCAGCUGCAGGACAGUCUGGAGCAGGCCUGCAGGGAGCGCAUUCAGUAUGAAGCAGAGUUUAAGAAGGUGCAGGCCAGCUACAAGCGGUUUGUGGACCUGACUGAUUCCUCGCUCCUCUCUGAUUACCUCUUAAAGCUGCGCAGACUGGGGAGAGAGCCAGGUCUCAUGGACACCGCGACACAGACUGAUGAGAUCACCUCCUAAUUUGUGAUGGCAGUGUGUACACUGUCUGAGUAUGACAUGUCAUAGCACUAGCAGUCAAAGCAGUGUCCUACACUACACGCUGUACUUUGUCUAAAACCAUUUGAAACGAAUAAAUGUUAAAAGAUUGUGGCAUCUAAAAUAUACUUUCAUUAAUACAUUUAUCUUAACAAAGUAUUUUUUUAGUAAUGAAACAUGUCAACUCUUUCAUAAUAAAUAAAAUAUGUAUAUACAUUUUUGCAGUGUUGCAAGAUAAAAUCUUGUAGUAAGACUAUAUUGAACUAAUUGAUUUAUCAGAUCACAUUUUCAUAAAUACUUCUGCAUAUUUAAAA